AUGGAUGGUGUAUCAUAUGAAAAUAAAAGUAAGAAACUAAUACUAGAUGAAUCAAUUAAAAAUCCAUUAUUACAAUUAGAAAUAGAUCAAUUAAAUACAUUAACAUCAGAAAUAAUAAAUCAAGGUAAUGAUGUACCACCAUUACCAACUCCUGAAAAUUUUAAUAAAGGUUUAUCUAAAAUGAUUAAGAAAUUAUAUGAAAGUGGAGUACAAUCUUUUAAAGUAAAUAAAUUUGAAGAUAGUGUUCGAAAUUUUACUAUAGGUAUUAAUAUGAUUUUAAGAAGACCUAAAAUUGAAAGUUUUCAAGGUACUAUACAAGAAUUAUCAAUGUUUUUAAUGAGUAGAUGUGAUGCUUAUUUAAAAACUCAACAAUAUUUGAAUGCUUAUAAUGAUGUUGAUUUAUUAAUUAAUAUGUCAAUGAAUCAACCUGAUAAUUUUUUAAGAAGAGGAGUUGCAAAUUAUUUCUUGGGUAAUUAUGAAUUAGCAAGAGCCGAUUAUCAAAGAGGUUUAUCUUUUGAUCCAAAUAAUGAAAGAUUACAACAUGAAUUAAAUAUUUGUUUAGAUAAAAUUUUAGAAGAAAAUGGUGAUUAUUUAUAG